GGCCACGGUUAUCAGUUUUUGGGCUUUGCGUUUUGCUUCUGAAACCAAGCGCGAGAUGAUUAGGGUUCAUGUUCAUCUUCCUUCUCUGAAGCUAACAAUAGAAAUUCUAGGUACCAACAAUGGAGUUUCGGGAUGUUUAAUCAAUGUUAGACAUCGCUAUUUGAAUCUUCAAUCCCGACGUUAGGGUUCAUGUUCUUCUUCUAUUUCUGAAACCAAAAGUGUUGUUCUUCGUUCUCUGAUACCAACUACGGAGUUUCGAGCUGUUCAAUUGACGUGAACCAUCUCUGUGUAAAUCUUCAAUUCUGAUGUUUUGCCUUCCGUUCUAAUCAAUCGAGACGGUAUUUCAUCGCCUUUAUCAUACUUCUUAACUUCAUCAACCCAAGUCGACAACGAUCUGACACUGAAUGCGGCUUAUCCCUUUGCAAGGCGGUGUCUCUACUCCUAUAAAAGAAUUCUGGGAAGCCAGGAACUUCAAACACGGUGGUGAGCUUACGAUGGUGAAUAUAUAUAUAUAUGCUCUUACUGGAUUCAAAGGUGAUUAUGUUCUUAAACAUCAUGUUCAUAUCAACAUAUAAAAGUAUUCUAGCGUGUAUUCUCAACAUUGUCAAGCUGUUUUACUCAGAUCCUUAUUAAGGUAAGACUCAUGUUCAUAGUUUUCUUAAAAUCAUGUUCAUAGUAAUCCUAAACUUCAUACCUUUUUUUUACUUGAAUAAGUGUUAUUAAAUUCAUGUUCAUAUGACUAUUAAACUAAUGUUCAUAGUGUUCUUAAACUCAUAUCUUAAUAAUUUUGUAAUUUGGUUGAGGUCAUGUUACGCUGGAGCAGGAAUCUGUUCUUUUCUAAUAUUAAUCCCUUCGAAGAGAAAGGUCUUGCUGAUGAGUGGGAAAAAGUUGGGAUGUAUCUCUCAGGGUUCAAUAAGCUCGAUGAUAAUUGAUUUUCUAUGGAAAUUUUAUUUGAGAUUAGGACAAAGAUAUAGUGAAGCUCGAGAUUGAGAUGAUUUGUUCUUUUAAUUUAUUUCUUGAAUAUACGGCUAUAUUCUUCCUUGAAGUAAUUAUGUUGUUUGUAUGUUUAUUUCAGAAAUGUCAAAAAGGUUUAUGAAGAUCUUUACAAAGAGAUGACUCAGCUUCUGACUCGAGAUCAUUUUAGGGAAUAGAGUAAUUGUCAACUAGAGUGAUACAAAAUCAGCCAGAAAUAUAAUGUAAACUCAGUUGAAGAAACUGAUAGAGGAAUAUGCUUUGUUUGAUGAGAAGCUUGCCUUCCCCAGUUUCCAGCCUCCUUGCCCGUGAACUUUGAUCAAUCAAAGGAUUUGUAGAAGAGCGUUAGCUCGGAUCGUGAUCGUGACUAUGAGCGAGACAGGGAACGGGAUCGCGAUCGUCGGGAUUAUGAGCAUGAUCAUUACUAUGGCAAGGAUUGGGACCGUGAUAGGAGUAGAGAUCGUGACAGGGAUCAUGAUAGGGAAAGGGCUCAUGAGAGAGAGAGAGAGAAAGACUGAAGUAGCCGUGACUAUUAUCAUGAAGGGAAACAAAGUAAAAGUGACGGGGAAAGGAAUAAUGAUCGUGAUGCGUCGCGUCUAGAUAAUCAAAGUGAUCGGUAUAGACAGAGAAGAGAAGGGAGGAAGUCUCCAGAUUAUCAGGACAUACAUGGACACUAGAAGUAGCCGAGCAGGGCCUGAUGGUGAUGUGAUCAAAUGAUUCAAAUCAGAGCGUUAACCUUCCAGUUCUGUGGCGCAAGAAGAGAAUGGGAACGUCUCAGGUCAGACUGCAAAAUGGGUCUCUGCCAGGGAGGCGGCUGAGCUGUCUGGAGGAUCGGACAGGGGUACAAGACAGAAAGCGUCUGAGAAAACUGUAAAGACGGAAGAUGGUGUUUUGGGCGAGUUUCAUGGUUCCACAAAAGCUUUUCGCCGGCCCAUGCUUGAAAGAUCUCCUUCCUCGACAAGUCUUGACCGGAGAUUCAAUAAUAAUCAGAGUAGUGCAAGAUGGAGCAGUGAGGUUGAAGAAACAUGCCUUAGGAACAACGCGAAAGAUUUUUCAGCACCUGAGGAUGAAAGGCUUCGGGUGGAUGACAUAUCACAGGGAAAUAUAUCCUUUAACAACAAAGCCUACCUGAGAAAGUGCCAUUGAAGAUAGGAAGGAGUUUGGUAGAUCUACAAGCCUAUACUUCUGAGUUGUUGAUGCUGUUGGGAGCUGUAAUAAAAUUACGUUCUUCGGCGGGAUGACAUUGUUUCUGCAUAUUUUAUAUUUUGAGUUGUGAAGUUCAGGUACUCUCCUUCACGAGUAUUUGCUGUGUUUUUGUGCUUUAUACGUUGGGUUUUAAAUUUCAGAAAUUUGGGAAAAGAGAACAAAACAACUACUACUUUGUCCCCUUAGAAUUAGAACAAAAAUCUUUGUCCCUAUAGUAUAAACAAUAAUGCUAAUCCCGUUUUGUCCUUUCUAUUAAUUUUGAAAUACAUAUAUUGAGUUAUGUAAUUUACUGAGAAAGUAAAUAAAAAGUUAAAAAAAAUACAGAGUAAAAAAUCAGAACAUGUCGUCGACUCCGGUUUUCCUUUCUCUCUAACAAAGAGGUGGCGAUUAAGUUUCGUUAUCGAAACCAUCUUCUCCGGCCGUCUUAGUUCGUCGGAGACCUUGAACUCAUCGUCACAUCUCUCCUUCAUCCUCCUUCUUUCUUCUCUCCUCUCUAAACACGACAGAGUAGGAUUACUUUGCAAUCUCCGCCGGCUACAAUUGAAGUUGUUCAAGCUCGGGAAAAGCUUCUUGUCGCUGAUAAAUAACGAUUAGCUUCACGUUGUUCUUCUCUUCCUCUUACUUCAUCUCGGUUCCAAAAUCGUUGAGAUUUAAGCUCUUCUACGGACGAAGAGAUUGACGUUGUUCGAAUUUCAUCUCGGUUUCUCUUUCCCUAAAAUUGAAGGAAUGGCGUACGAGUUUCCACAACGCAUACUUGAAGAAGGAAUUGAGACGCAAAUUGACAAGAUCAACAAUACGUGUAGACGUACAAUUCUGGAGGAAGUGAAGGGUGUUCUCAACACUGAGUAUGAGGAAGUUUUGAAAGAUCCUGUCUUCGGUCCGCUUCUGGCAAUCAUAGAGAACAAGCUCAUCUACUCAGGGAAGAUCAUUCAUAGCUUCAUAUGCAAGCAACUCAAGGUUUCGAAGCUUCACGAGCUGUGGUUUCUAUUUGCUAAGAGGCCUCUUAGGUUCUCUGCGCAAGAAUUUCAUGCUGUGACAGGAUUGAAGUUCAAAGAUGAACCUGACAUAAACUUCAAUGAUUGGAAGGAUGAUAAGGGGUUCUGGAGCAAUGUGCUGAGGAAAAAUAGAAAGGUCAACUUAUCGAUGAUAAAGACGAAGCUUCUUAACGAAUGCAACAAGUGGACGUAUGUGGACAGGGUUAGGCUAGUGUAUCUGUGCGUCAUUCAUGGAUUCCUCAUAGCUAAGGAUUCAAGAGUGUUUAUCCCACAUGAAUACAUCCGUUUGGUGAUGGAUUUUGAGAAGAUGAGGAUGUAUCCAUGGGGUCUUCACGCAUAUGACGAGCUGCUUGCAUCAAUACUCAAAGCAAGGAAAGAUUUACAUCUGAAGAACAGUUACGUGUUGGAUGGAUUCUCCUAUGCGUUUCAGAUAUGGGUUAUGGAGGCAAUCCCAGACAUUGGUAGUAUGGUGGGUAAGAAGAUCAAAAAGAACAUGACCAAAGUGAGAUGUAGGAAUUGGAAAGGAAGUGGGAAAGUUUCCUACGCAGAUAUCAGCAGCCUAGAGUCCCACUUUAAUAAGGGAGAACUGUUCCCAUUUAUAUCUGCUACUGGGAACAAUGAUGUGGUUGAUAGCACUGAGUUCUAUAGGGAAGAUGAGAAGAUAGAUGAAAGAAUUGGUCGCAUUGUUACUCUUCUCAAUGCCAAACAAGAUUGGACAGAUUUCGUAUGGGAAGUCGAGGCUUUGCCUCCAACUUUAGAGCUUUCUGAUUCAGAGACUGAUGGAGAGAAUGUUGAAGUCGAAGAUGUCACAGAUACUCAUGUUGACGAACCGGCUGUUGUUGCAAGAAGGGGAAAGCGUAAGCUAAAUGAUCCUGGUGCGGAGGCUCGAAAGAAAGAACUGCUUUGUCAACGGGCAGCUGAACAUAACAGUGGUAUCUCCAGUGGAAUGAAGACUUUCAUUGAAGGUUUGUUCACCUCUGCUUUCAACUCUUUCAAGGACGUGGUGCAGAAUGACAUCCAAGAGCGUUUUGAGAAGGUCCAAAAAGAGAUGGCUGAGCUCAAGCAAGCGGUGUCACAGAUUCCGGGUCCUUCUGCUACAAUGGGAAAAGACAGAGCAUCUGAGAUUCCAUGUCCUUCAGCAACGAUGGGAAAAUCAUCACAGAGUCCGUGUCUUGCAGGAACAAAGGAAAAAGGCAAAGGCAAGGUUGAUGAGAGUGUGGUUCCUGCUACGGUUCGUCGUAGCCCUCGGCAAGGAAGAAAGGAGAUUGAAACUGAAACUGAUGAUAUGAUGGAUUUUUUGAAGAAUUUGUCACAAUCAUCUACCCAUGGAGAACCUUCAUCAAUAAAAGAAGAAAUGAGCACCCAAGAGUAUUUACAAGACGCCAUGGGGAACCUUUCUCAAGUAUCACAUGUUAAAGGUUUCGAUCCCUCACAAAAAACGAGUGAUGAAGAAGCACCUAAGUGGGUUACUCCAGUAUCAUCCUUCAAGCCUGUAGAUUGGAGAACACCCACUCUCAAAGAUAUGGAAUUACAUGACGACCGGGUGAACGACGAUGAUUACUCAUUAGUGUUUGUCCAUGAGGAUUCAUGGGCUAAACUGAUUCAUUGGUGCUCAACUACCAAACAGCACCUUAAAAUUGGACCUUCUAUGUACACAACUGAGUUAGCAGAACGUAUUAUGGGACCUGCAGUGUGGCUGCAAAAUCAAGAAAUUGAUGCUGUGCUCUUCUUAUUUCGCGAGAGGACUUCUUUGAGACGAUGGAACCCGUCCAAAGUAGCUUUCAUGAGCUGCAUAUUCAGUAAUCAAAUGAAGAAUUCUUACACUGAGUUCAAGAAAGACAAAAAAAAAUUCAGGGUAGAAGGACUGCUCCAUCAGUACGGAAUUGGUGAACUUCCUUCACACGGCCGAACAAGACUAAUGUGGGAUCUUGAUGUCAAUCGUAUGUAUGUGCCUCUUCUUGUGCACGGUAACCACUGGAUCUCUAUGUGUGUCAACUUUGUUACUCGUUCCAUAGAAGUUUUUGACUGUGCGGGACUGAAACACAACAAGGACUUGGAGCCAUUUGCACAUCUCAUCCCAAGAAUUGUCAAAGCCGUGCAGUCUUCAGAGAAGAGGGGAUUAACCGUUAAGCCCUAUGAUGUCACUUACGCUCCAAUGCCCUGCUUCCUAAAUAAGACUAGCAGCGAUUGUGGAGUAUAUGCGUUGAAGCACAUUGAAGCACAUCUUCUAGGCAUGGACUUAACAUGCUGGUGUGGGAAAGGGAUUGUCACUUAUGUUUCAAAAACGGAGGAGAACCCAUACAGAAGAUUCUUCCGAUGUGAGAUUGGUCUGAAGAGAAAGAAAGAGCAACAUCUUUUCAAGUGGGUGGACGAGGCUCUGCUUGAUGAGAUACAAAUGAUGCAUGAGCAACAGUCGAGAAUGGCCAAAGAAAUUGAAGAUUUGAGACGUUCCUUGAAAAUGACAGUAGAGGAAGCAGUUAUCGAGCACAAGAAGUCGGGAGAUGUAGGACUUAUUGGAUCCAUUCUCACUUUUUUAUGUCUUUGUUCUAAAUUUGAUUGAUCUUCUAAUUGUUUUCUGAAUCUAUUUACUUUGUGAAAGAUUGAAUCAAUUUGAUAUUCUGUGUUGUCAAUUUAUGGAUCAAAUCUUAACGGUAGACUAAAAACUUGCAUAAAACUAAGUAAAUAUUGGAAACGUGCACAGUACAUAAAACAUAAUUGGUCUUGAAAAAACAGAGUUUGACAUGAAACAAAGCUAAUGUUAGAAAAAACUCUGAAAAGUAACUUGCAUAGACCGAAUAGAUUGUAAUCCUAUAUUGCUCUAUCACAUGUGGAGCGGUUGUGACCUUCAAUACCACAUCGACUGCAUUUACGACGUUUAGAGCUUUGAGUUCCUUGUGACGACUGGAUCUUGUCUUCAACUGUCUCAUACCUACGUUUCUUUCUCCGGCCUGCAGCUCUUCUAGUUUCUGGAGGGAGGACUUUUGCUUUCUGUACGUGAGAUGGGACAAUCCAUGCAUCUUCCGGGACACUUAUAGGAUUUAUGCUUUCCUCAUAAAUCGAUCUCCAUGAAGCAGUGGUGUACAUGUCGUCAGUGAGUGUGUGUGCUUGUAUGCCUACGCUGAAAGCUGCUUUAAUGGCGUGUCUGCAUGGAAUUUUCAUCAGAUCGAAUUUCCCACAUGAACAUGUGCGUCUGACCAAGUCGACCAUACAUUCAAAAGUGUCACCUCGAACCAAAAACCUGUCAUCGCUAACUGGAAAAACCUGAAACUUCUUACCCUUCUCAAUCCUUCGAUCAAUCUUCUUCUCUACAGCAACGGUCAGUGGCUGUUUAUGCUUUGAACUUAAAGCUCUACGUUUGAAAAACCAUCGAGUCAUCAUUUCCCUUAUGCUGUCCAAUAAGGGUAUAACUGGAAACUCUCUUGGCGAACGCAAAGCAGAAUUUAUUGAUUCAGCAGGGUUAUUGGUCCUAACAUCGUACCUGUAACCCGGAAAUUGACAACGAGCCCACUUUCUCACAUCAGCUUGUAUCAGAUAGUUUCCAAUUGCAGGACUAAUUGAGAAAAUAGCAGUGAAUUGCUUCUUAAAAUCAGCAACUCGGUAAGCUUUAGAAGCCUUUGCCACCAAACCAGCGACACCUUUACCCUUGAAAUAUGUAACAACAUUGUUCAGCAAGUGGUGAAUGCAAAUUCCAUGAUGAGCAUGCGGAUACACUUUUGCAAGAGCUUUAGCAAGUGAAUUAUUCCGGUCAGACACAAAAGCUAAAUUCUGAUCAUCACCAAUGACAACCUUAAGUUGUCUCAUAAACCAUUCCCACGAGCGGUCAUUCUCUGAGUCGACAACUCCAAAUGCAAUAGGAUAUAGGUUCGAGUUUCCAUCCAAAGCAGUAGCAACCAUUAAUACUCCUUUGUAUUUGCUCUUCAGGAAAGUCCCAUCCACAACAAUAACUUUCCGAAUUGCAGCAUAAAAACCGCGAAUAGACUGACCAUAUGCGAUGAAGAGGAAUUUGAAUCUCCCAUCGCUAUCAGUUUCAUAAAAUGUGUGUGAUCCUGGAUUAGCUUCCUUCAUCAUGUGCAAGUAUUUGGGAACUUUUUCAUAACCCUUCUCUGGAAUGCCUCUCACAACACUUACUGCAUACUCACGUGCCUCCCAAGCUAAAGAGUAGGAUAUCUCAACUCCAUGAUCAUCACGCAUAAACUGGAUAAUAUCAUUAGGUUUCGGCCCUUCCUUGACAGUUUCGUACUUAUGCUUAAUGAGACUACCAACUGUUUUUGAUGAAACGGUCCGAACAGAGUGGUUCCUUGAUGAUGGAGCACAUGAAUGAUCAGGCACAUACUUUUUGAUGAUAAAAUAUGAAGAACCUGUUAAUCCCUCUGCGCGAACACGCCAGCGGCAAUCAUCAUACGCACAACGAACGUACCAAACUCUUCUAUCCGUUUUGGCAACCUUGUAGUCGAAAUUAUGUUUCAUUGCGCAUAUUUCCAUUGUUGCCUGCAAAGCUGCUUUGCUAGUAAAAUGUUGACCCUUCUUCACAACAUCAACCAGAGAAAAACGGACAGACUUUCCGUUGGUCAUAUCUUUCUCACACUUGUUUUCGUCAUCACUUUCAUCUAUCUUCGCAUCUUUUUCUUCAAGCUCGGCUUCACCAUCAAUAUCAUCUGAAACUUCACCCGACAUACCCACUUCCUCUCUGUUAGGCAACUCAGCAGGCUCUUCAUUCAAGUUAAAUCCGACCUUAGAUCGAAUACACACACAUAACCGCGUUGAAGCUUUGGUCUUCACAUAUGUAAGAAAAUUUUUGAGUUGUCGAUCAUUGGUGAUGAAAACAGGUGGUGAAUCGAGGCCAAUAACCAAAUCGGAAGGUAAGUAACUCAGGUCGAUAUUGACCAAGUUUAGAUCGGUUCCAAAGUCCUCACAAACCAUAACUCUUAGGUUGUCAAAGGUUUUGCUUGUGUCCAAAGUAAGUAGUCUACCUCCUGUUUCUUCAUCAACAAUAAACUUCCACCCUUUUGUUUUGGACGAUCUCCAAACACCAGAAUAGGCAUAGAUGUGCAUUUUGUCACGUUAGAUUGAAUCCCCAAAAGGAGAAGAAACUAUGAAAAAGAGAAGAAUCCCCACGAUUUUUGGUCCAAAUCGUGGUUGGCAACGAAGAAACAAAAAUUUAGGGAAGAAGAUUUAAAAAAGGAAAUAAAAAAGAUUUAAUAGAUUUAGGAAAUAUUUUCUAACCGUUUUUUCCUAGAUUUUCGGAUUUUUUUAAAAAUCUAGUAGAAAUUACAUUCUACGUACGGUAGAAUAAAGAAAACGUGGUAGAUAUAGAAUACAUAUAUUAUAGAUAUAUGAGAAUUGAGUAGAAUGUAUAUUCUUCCAUAGAAGAUAUAAGAACAUUUACUAUUACUUAUGAUCUACCAGAAAGGCAGAACAUAGAAGAAAAUGUUGAUUUUGUAUUCUGCCAUUUUAGAUCUUAAUGUUUGCGGUCUAAUGCGCAUUCUUCUGUAUGUAGAUCAUUGUGUUUCAGUUAGAAUGCAUAUUCUGAAUCUCCGUAGAUGGUAGAUCUUAUAUACUAACACCUUUAGCCUAUUUUUCAAUUUACCAUUCCAAAUUUUUUUUAAUCCAAAAAUAUUUUUCAUAUAUGCACAUGUGUGACUACUUCAUGUUUUAAAUUUUUCUUAAUUUUUUUGCAUUGUAAAUUAAUUGAUAUAAUUUUUUUUAACUCUUAAGGGUAGUGAAAGUCCAAAAGUGACAAAGUUUGAUUUUGUACUAAGGGGACAAUAGCUUAGUUUAGUUGUUCCCUUUUUCCAAAUUUCCCUUUAAAUUUUAGUACAUAAAAGAAUAUUAUGUUUGAUUUACCUUUUUUCACGUAAUCUAAUCCUAAAAAUUUAUAGACUU